AUGGGGAGAUGGGCGGGAAGGGAAGGAGUACAGAGAAAGCGAAGGACACAGGGAAGAGAGAGUGCCAUCUCAGAAAGUAAUUCUGCUGGGUCUGUGUCUUCGGCAGCCCUGCUGGGAUACUGGCUGUUGGCCUUCACCAUGAAGCUGCUGAAGCUGGUUCAGUUCUGCCAGCAUGGCGUGGGGCCCAGCGAGCUGCGCUUCUGCAUCACCGCGUUGCUCGUCUUAAUCUAUGCACUCUUCCUCUGCUUGGAGGUUAACAUCAUCCGACUCCGGAGGUACAUAUUCUUUCGGAAGCCGCUGAAGGUGAACCCUCCGGACGACCUCCUGGACCUGGGUGUGCGAUUCAUGCACCCCUUCGUGAACCUGCUCUCUCAGGCCACUUACUGGUGGCUCAGCAACCUCAUCAGCCUGGCCCAGACGCGGCUCAUAGACCUCGAAGACAUCGGCAAACUGCCCAUCGGCAUGCGAGCUCUCAGCAACUACAUCCUUCUGCAAAAAUCCUUCCAGGAACACAAGCGCGAGUGUGAGGCGCGACAGGAGGUUGUGCCUUCGCUCUGGCGCUCGGUGUUCCGCACGUUUGGCCGGCCCAUCAUCGUGAGCAGCGUGCUGCGCUACAUGGCCGACCUGCUGGCCUUCACUGGGCCCCUCUGCAUAUACGGCAUCGUGCACCACCUCAACAACGACGAGCAGCAGCUGAAGCCACAGGUGCACCAGCUUGGCGUGUACUUCAUCUCAUCGCGCGAGUUCCUGGCCAAUGCGUACGUGCUGUCCGUGCUGCUCUUCUUCUCGCUGGUGCUGCAGCGCACCCUGCUGCAGGCCUCCUACUACAAGGCCAUCGAGACGGGCAUCAAGUUCCGUGCGGCGGUGCAGACGAUGAUUUAUGACAAGAUUCUUCACCUCUCCACGUCCAGCGUGUCUCGUGGGAAGAUGACCUCAAGAUACAUCUCCAACGUCGUGACUGUUGACUCCAAUCAGCUCAUGUGGUUCCUCUUCCUGUGCCCCAACCUCUGGGCUCUGCCUGUGCAGAUCAUUGUGGGGGUGUCGCUGCUCUACUCCCUGCUCGGGGUGAGUGCCCUCAUCGGCGCCGCCGUCAUCGCCCUGCUCGCUCCGCUGCAGUACUGCAUCGCCACGAAGCUCGCCCGCGCACAGAAGCUCACGCUGGAGCACAGCAGCUCGCGGAUAAAGCAGACGAGCGAGCUGGUGCAUGGCAUCAAGCUGCUGAAGCUGUACGCCUGGGAGCAGGUGUUCUGCAGCACCGUGGAGGAGACGCGCUCCAAGGAGCUGCGCAGCCUCUCCACCUUCGCCAUCUACACCGCCCUGUCCACCUUCAUGAACGCGGCCAUACCGAUUACGGCUGUCAUGGCGACAUUCGUGACCUACGUGCACUUGAGCUCACCUGACAUCACCUUGUCACCGGCGGUGGCCUUUGCGUCGCUGGCUCUCUUCCACAUCCUGGUCACUCCCCUCUUCCUCCUCUCGACCGUCGUACGCUUUGCCGUCAAAGCUCUCAUCAGCAUGCAAAAGCUGACCGAGUUCCUCGCCACCAGCGAAAUUGGUGACGAACCCAACACGCUGGACGUGGAGCCUCGGCCAAAAAAAAGUAGCAACGCCGAUGUGGUGCAAAUGAUGGCGGUGAAUCGAAAGCAACCACAGAAGCCUGUGUGGGAUGAUUUCGAGCCCCCCCAGGACUGGAGGCAGUUUGAAUUCACCGAUGGAUCAGAGGACUUUGCCAUUAAGGUGACCGGUGGGGUGUUUACGUGGGCUUCCAGUGAACCAUCCCUCCUCACCGACAUCAACAUUUGUAUUCCACACGGGCAGCUCACAAUGGUCGUGGGUCAGAUUGGAUGUGGGAAGUCGUCCCUGCUGAGUGCGACGCUGGGAGAGAUGCAUCUCGUCAGCGGCUCAGUCUACUGGAACAGGCGACGAGGUUCCGUGGCGUACGCAGCUCAAAAACCCUGGAUCCUAAACUCCAACGUGCAGGAGAACAUCACCUUCGGGAGCCCCUUCAAUGAAGAAAGGUACAAAGCAGUGAUCAACACGUGCUCGCUUCAGCCUGACAUUGACAUCCUGCCCCAAGGGGACCGGACCCAGAUUGGAGAGAAGGGGAUCAACCUGAGUGCCGGGCAAAGGCAACGGAUCAGCGUGGCUCGGGCUUUGUACCAACACACGAACGUCGUGUUCCUGGAUGACCCGUUCACAGCCCUGGACAUCCACCUCAGUGACCAUCUGAUGCACAGCGGCAUCCUGGGCCUACUGCACAACGACACGCGCACGGUCGUGCUGGUGACGCACAAGCUGCAGUACCUCACUCACGCAGACUGGAUCAUUGCGAUGAAGGACGGGACGGUGCAGAGGGAAGGCACCCUAAAGGACAUCCAGACGUCAGACCCUGAGCUCUAUGAGAUGUGGAAGGAGCUCAUGAAUAAGCAGGAUGAGGAGCUACAGAAGGAGACUAUUAUUGAGAGCAGAACAGCUUUGGAGAGAAAGAACCUUCGGCGUGCGAUGUACUCCAAAGAAGUGCUCGUAAAAACGUCGUUUGAGGAUGAAGAAAACGAGGAGGAGCUGGAGGUACACACGCAGGCCCGGGAGACGGCCGCUAAUCGCCAGCUGCCGGGACUGCCUCUGGGCGAGUGGCGGUCAUACCUGGCGGCCAGCGGGUGGCCCCUGCUGCUGCUCAUCGUCCUGUCUCAGCUUUGCAAGCACGUCUCCAUGGCCGCGCCAGACUUCUGGCUCGCCAUGUGGACCAGCCGCGCCCUCAAUGUCACAGCUCAGAACCACAACUGCACCAGUGACCUGCUACCCGAGUCCUGUGUCUUCGAGCACCGCUGGUAUGCAUCCAUCUUCGCCGUACUCUGCUGCCUGGCCGUGGUCAUGUGUCUCAUCUCGUCCCUCGCCGUCGAGUGGGUGGGACUCAAAGCGGCACGGGGCCUGCACAAGCGGCUGCUGGGGCGCAUCGUGCGUGCUCCUUUGAGGUUCUUUGACACUACACCCCUGGGAAGCAUUCUAAAUAGAUUCUCUGCUGACUUACACAUGAUUGAUCAGCUCAUCCCGUCCAGCACCGAGAGCCUCGUGCGCUCAUCUCUCUUCUCUCUGUCGGCCGUGAGCGUCAUCGCCUACGUGACGCCCAUUUUCCUGGUGGCGCUUGUGCCUCUGGCGCUCGUCCACUACUUCAUACAGAAGCACUUCCGCAUCGCGUCCAAAGACCUGCAAGAACUGGAUGAAAACACCAAACUGCCUCUCCUCCUGCACAUCAUGGAGACGGUGGAUGGCAUUGCAACCAUUCGAGCCUUCCGGCACGAAAGCCAGUUCCGGCAGAGGAUCUUCGAACUCAUCGAUGCCAACAACGUCCCAUUCCUGUUCCUCUCAGCUGCUAACCGGUGGCUUGAAGUGCGCAUGGACUACAUCGGGGCAUCCAUCGUGCUCGCCACGGCCAUGGCGUCCAUAACGAGGUCCUUUUACUCAGGGCUCGACUCCGGCCUGGUGGGCCUGGGGCUCACCUACGCCCUGCUGGUGUCCAUCUACCUGAACUGGGUGGUAAGGAACCUGGCUGACAUCGAGGUGCAGCUGCAAGCCAUAAAGAGAGUCAACAACCUAAUGAAAGUGGAGAUCGAGGACGAUGAGCGAAGCCCAGAAUUGCACGCGGUGCCAGAGGACUGGCCACACCGUGGGGAGAUCAAGAUCAAUCGGCUGUCCGCUCGCUAUGACGCCUCCCUCAAGCCUGCCCUCAAGAACCUCAGCUCAGUCAUCCAGCCAGGGCAGAAGGUUGGGAUUUGUGGGCGGACCGGCAGCGGAAAGUCCUCUCUGUCGCUGGCUCUCUUCCGAAUGCUGGAUAUCUUUGACGGAAGCAUCACUAUCGACGACGUAGACAUUUCCAAGAUUCCGCUUUCCCUGCUGCGCUCGAGGCUGUCCAUCAUCCUGCAGGACCCCGUGCUGUUCAGCGGCUCGAUACGGUUUAAUCUGGACCCCGAGGCUCGCAGCACGGACUCCAUGCUUUGGGAUGCUCUUGAGAUUGCUCAGCUCAAGUGUGUGGUGAAGGCACUGCCGGGAGGGCUGGACGCCACGGUGAGGGAAGGCGGAGAGAACUUCAGCCUGGGGCAGCGGCAGCUUUUCUGCCUGGCCCGGGCCUUCGUCAGGCAGACUGCCAUCCUCAUCAUGGACGAGGCCACAGCAGCGCUCGACAUGGCCACGGAGAAAAUAUUGCAAAAAGUUGUUAUGACGGCUUUUGCUGACAGAACAGUGGUGAUGAUAGCGCACCGGGUGGCCAACAUCCUCGAUGCAGACGUGGUGCUGGUGCUGAAUCAGGGCCUGCUGGAGGAGAACGACUCGCCUGCCAAUCUGCUCGCCAACCCCGACACCAUCUUCUCAUCCCUCGUCAAGUCCAAUAAGUGACACGGCAGACGAGAGGUCGUGGGGAGCCGUGGACAAAAUGAAAUUGAAUCCUCACCCAGCCAGGAUGCAGUCAUCAUCUCCGGUUUUCAACUCGAUUUCAGGCACGAUUCUCAGAAAAAAACACGCAAGUUGACCGUUUAAAACAAAGGCUUUCAUGACCACUAUUAUCCAUAAAAAAUAUGUUUUGGGUUCGAUCACGUAAAUAUAAAUGUGUCGUUUAACCCACCGCCACCCGACACAGCCAAUUAGUAAGGUUUGUCACGUAAACAAAACGUGCCAAUUAGUUAAACUUGUCAUGGUGUGCUCAAGUAGUAAUUAAUUGGCGCGUUUUGUUUAUAUAACAAAUCUUACUAAAUGCCUUUGUGGUGGCGGGUUUAACAACACAUUUAUAUACGCGAUCUAGCACAAAACAACUUUAUGGACACAAGUAGGCCUUGCAUUGCUCAUUGUUUGGGUUUAAAUUUAUGGAUUGUAAAGUCCAUUGAGACAGCCCUGUGUUGUUUGUUAGUCUAGUUAGGAUAAUUUGAAAAAAAAUAUCAAGUACACGGAUUCCUUUUUGAGGCCUUGGUGUUAAUUCGACGCCACAUGGAACAGUCCCAUUUGAGAGCCACGCAGCUGUGCAUUCAUGCUUAUUUUUAGUCUGGCAGUGCGAAUGCAAUUGUGCAAAUGCCGUAUUUGUAGGAUGAUAAUGAGCAGAAUUGUCCUUAAGCCACGUGCAACACGAGUUGACUGCAUGCACAAAUUUGACACCUUCCCUGUCUUUGCUGCUACGUUCACUGCAACCCCCAUGAUUGUAUGAUAAUCAUCAAUGCACUUUCCCAAAUGAAUGCUGCCAUCAAUGCAGCUUUAAUUAAUGCGUGGGUGCAUUCAUUUCCCAUGUCUGAGCUUAAUCGAAUUCUGUUUCCGUGACAUCCGAAAGUGUAAAUGUUAGAUGUGCACAAAAUGUACGUAAAUAUUUUCAUGAAAGAUCAUGCAUGUUGUUACGAGAAAGCACUUACUGCCUGGAAAACAUCAAUGUGUAGUCCUUUUUUAAUAUGAAAGUAUACGUUUUCUAUAAUCUUGUUGCAUAUUUACAAAACAUUGCCUUGAAAGGGAUAUAUUAUGUGUGCAUGUAGUGGGUUUCUGUCUGGUUCUCAUUGUGUUAGCUUUAUUUUGCAGAGUUCUUUUGUAAAUUAUUCUUACAUUUGUUUAUGAUUCAUGAACGUGUAUCUUUACUUUUCAAUUAUUUACAGUAAUAUCUAUCCUCCAAUUUUGUAAUUUUAUUUAUGGAAUGGGGCAUACCGAUAUUUAAAAUUAUUAAAGGACAAUGCAGUUUUUACCAUGUCACAAUAAUUCAAAAUGUCGAACGUGUUAGCUUUCAUACACCACGCAUAUCAUUGCUGAAUAUGCAUAAGCCAAAAUUUAAUUGUCCUUUUGGUUUUGUAAAGAAUUAAGACAAAAUAAAUGGUUUUACCAAA